AUGGCGCACCUCGACCCCAACGCUUCCAACGCCAUCAAGGCUGUUGAUCCAAUUGAACGCGGCCAAGACAAGGAUGGAAUUUCAACGACGUCCCGCGUUGCCACUGCUGCCGACACCAAAUCGAAGCCCCCACAACAGCUCCAAGAGGCCGGAUGGUUCCACUGGCACGAACCCGGCACGUCGUCGGAGGAGAAGAAGCUGAUAUUCAAACUCGACUGGUUUUUGCUUUCUUUCGGGUGCCUCACGUACUUCAUCAAACAGCUCGAUCAAAACAAUAUCUCUAAUGCAUAUGUAUCUGGCAUGUCGGAAGAGCUCGGCUUCGGUCCGGGCAACGAGCUUUCCUGGAUGAACACCUACUUCAACAUCGGUACCAUCAUUGGCGGUUCCUUCGCCAACCUGAUCAUCACGGUUGUGCGCCCGCGCUUUUGGCUGACCGGCUGCCUUUUUACUUGGUCUCUUUUUGUGCUGUUCCUUUACAAAUGCCAGAAUGCCCACCAAUUCUACAUCCUGCGCUUUUUCAUCGGCAUGUUCGAAUCAGCCGCCUGGCCAGGCGUUAUGUACGUUCUCGGCUCUUGGUACCGCAAGAGUGAGUUGUCUCGCCGUUCCGGCCUGUUUGUCAUGAGUGGCGUUCUGGGACAAAUGUUUUCUGGAUAUUUGCAAUCUGCACUUUACACCGGAAUGGGUGGCAAGGGUGGCUUGUCGGCCUGGAGGUGGCUGUUUAUCUUUGACUUCAUUCUUUCCAUCCCUGUUGUGAUUUAUGGAAUUGUUUGUUUCCCCGAUACUCCUCACACCACAAAAGCUUUCUACCUCAGCGACUGGGAGAAGCAGCGCGCUCGUGAGCGCAUUGAAGAAGAGGGUCGCAAACCAGUCGGCAAGAUGAACUGGUCUGUCAUCGUCCGCGUCUUCGGCUCUUGGCAAGUCUAUGCUUUUACGGCUGCCUACUGCUUCUGGACGUUGACUUGCGGCUCCUACAUUAUUCAAUACUUUACACUCUACCUCAAGUCGACAAAGCUAUACACGGUACCCGAGAUCAACAACAUUCCGACCUGCAUUGGUGCUAUCAACUUUGUGUUUAUGGUCUCGACAGGUUACGUCUCCGACAAAAUUGGCCGUCGCGGACCCAUCUGCCUCGCCGUAGGGUGUUUGCUGAUAUUUGUUUAUGCCGUAUUGGCUGCGUGGAGCGUGCCACAUACACUUCGAAUGGCCGUCUUCAUUCUUGCUGGUUGCUACGGUUGCUACACCCCCUUGCUGGCUGGAUGGGCAAACGAGGCAUGUGGCGGUGACCAGCAGAAGCGCGCCUUGGUACUUGGCCUCAUGGUGUCGGUUGGUCAGGCUGUUGUGAUCCCUUUCCAGCAGUUGCAGAUGCCGAGCGGACAAGCGCCGGCUUUCGCCAAGACCCAUGGAUGGGAAAGUGCGCUGGCCUUUGUGGUGGCGUUGACUGUUUGGACGGGUGCCGGGUUACCUUUCCUUCAGAAAUGGCGUGAGUCGAAGGUGAAAGUCAGCACUCACGAAAGUGACAGCGAUGAGGCAUAA